UUUGGUAUUCGCAGGUAAAAUGAUGUAUUGGUUCUAUAUUGUUAUUUUAAGGCAGGGUGUUUAAAAACCAUUUUAUGCUGUCUACAGGACAUCUCGUGACAUGUUAGAAUUAAUCAGCGUCUGACGAAAUGGUAACCGCUUCAGACAUUCGGAGUCAAAUAUUUCGUGGUUCAGGUGGACGGUUUACUUUGAAUUUAACCGGGAAAGGUUUGAAAGAAUUUCCGUCUGCUAUCUGGGAUUUGACUGAUAUUCAAUGUAUAAUUGUAGAUAACAAUGGAAUCAAAAAAAUUCCACCGGAAAUCAAGAAGCUACAAAACCUUGAAGCGAUCUCAAUCAAAGGAAACAAACUGGUCGAAAUACCGGCAGAUCUGUGUGAACUGACACGUCUGCAAUACGUCGAGUGCAGCAACAACAGAAUUAAAAAAAUUUCAAAUCGCAUAUCAAACCUGAAAUACCUUGUACAAUUUUUUGCCAACAACAAUGUGAUUGAGCAAUUACCCGAAGAGAUCAGUUACCUGUGGCAAUUAGAGGUGCUUGGCUUAAAUGGGAACAGAAUCGCAAGGUUACCAGGCGAUAUGCCACUGUUUAUGGAAUCAUUAAGAGUUCUGGGUCUGUCUGACAAUCGAUUAUCUUCUUUUCCAAAGCCAGUUAUUGGAAUGAAAAAUCUUAUUCAACUUGGACUGUCACGAAAUAAAAUCACGAGCAUUCCAUAUGACAUCGAAAAGAUGCAGUCACUACGUGAGCUUCGAGUAGACGAGAAUCUUCUCACUCGCCUUCCUUCACAUUUGUUUUUAGUCACAUCCCUUGAAGAACUUGCUUUAUCUGGAAAUCAAAUUCAAGAGAUUAAUCCAGAAAUAUGCAUGCUCACCAAUUUAAGAUCGCUCGGACUGAAUCAAAACCGACUUUCGAAACUACCGCAAGAAAUUGGACUGUGCCGUUCACUUGAAAUUCUGGGCUUAGAAGGAAAUCUUAUUACCUAUCUCAACAAUGAAAUCGGAUUAAUCGCUACUCUAUCCGAACUCUACAUUGGCAAUAAUCGCCUACAAGGGAUCGACGCUAUUCCUGACUCAAUUACACAACUCAAAAAUUUGGCUAUCUUCCAUGCAUCAGGAAAUACAAAACUUGGCGAUAUUCCCGUUGAAAUGAAGACAUUGACAACACUGGAAGAGCUUCAUAUAGCCAACACGCAUUUAAAGAAACUGCCUGCAACAGCUUGUUCUUUAAUAGGAAUUUACGUUCUUGAUCUUACCGGGAACGAAAUAUCUAGAAUUCCAAAGAAUUUGAGAAAUUUAACUUCUCUCAAGAAAAUCGUGUUAAGAAAAAACAAGUUUUUUGAGUUUCCGACUGCUCUCUGUCACGUUGCUCAGUUGGAAGAAAUCGACUUCGCAGAAAAUUCACUUCAAUAUCUGCCAAGUGACAUCAAAUAUUUACUAAAAUUGAGAGAAAUUGACCUGAGCGACAACAAUUUUGAAGAUUUUCCUACUGAAAUCUGUUUUGUGAAGUCACUAACAAAACUUCUGCUCAGCGAUAACCAUAUUUCAGAGCUACCGUACCAAUUUCAAAAUCUUGAUACUCUCCGACACAUCGAUUUAUCAAACAAUACAUUUGAAUCAUUUCCAAUUCGGAUUUGUUUUUUGAAGAACUUAACACAUAUUGCCUAUGCUCAGAAACACGGUAGAAAAACAGAAAGUCUCCCAGAAAACAUCACUGAGCUCAAAAAUCUCCAGACUCUACAAUUAGACGAUAACUCAUUGGAAUAUCUACCAGACUCUUUUGGCUUAUGCAGCAAGUUGGAACAUUUGUCAGUAUCCUCGAAUAAAUUGGUUGCUCUACCCGAUAGCAUUUGUGAAUUGUCCGCACUGAAAACACUUAAACUCACAGAUAACGAAAUAGAAGAACUCCCAGUACAUCUAGGCAAAUUAACUGCGUUGGAAGUAAUUGAAAUGGCUUCGAAUCCGAUUAAAAAUCCUCCAAAAGCUGUUGUUGAAUCAGGACAAAUUGGUGCUAUUGGGAGAUAUGUGCUAAGUAAGGAGGACAGAGAAGAAAAACUACUUUACAACAUGAUGGAACACGUUGCUAACAAUUUGAGCAUUGAAGAUUUUGAUAGAACAUGUUUGAAAUUGAGACUACCAACUGAAGAUAUUUUGAAAAUAGCUUCAAAUAAAAAUAUCACCGAAAAUCAACAAUUGAUGGAAUUAUUUCAGAUGUGGCGGAAGAUGAAUGAAUCAUCUUCUGCUGUUGAAGCACAGAACAAGUUUCUUCACGUGUUGGAUCUUGUGGAUUUACCGAAAAUUAUUUCGCAUCUCAAAGCAAUGAGAAUAUAUGCUAAAGCUCUUAGAUUUUAAAUGUUUUAUUCAUGUAUUGCUGUGACUAACUAUCAUUUACAAUACACGCCGCAUUUCUUAUAGAAAAUAUCAAACUAUAUCAUGCUCAACUCAGUGAGACACGUCUACCGGUAAUUAAUUGGAUAAGAAGUGGACCUAGGGAUCAUUCUGUGUUGUUGUUGUUAGAACUCUUUACUUGUAGCGGUCCCGCAACCGUAUGCCUUCUACCAGGACGCGCACUCUAAAAAUCGAUGCAACAAUGGUUACCUCAGUCUCUUUUUUUGUAAAGGUUUUGGUUUUUGGGCAUUCAUUUUUUAAUUACAUAAAUUUGGUCGACUUCUUUCUAUUCUACCUGUAUCGAAUUAGUCAUCAGUAUUUUAUUUUUUCACCAUCAUGUAAAUACACUUUGCACGAACAA